AAAAAAUUAAACAGACACUGAAAUAAAUACGUUUGUGUUGCUAACGAACCCUUCUCUACUGCCCACAUUCAAAAUGCUGUAUUUCAUUGUAUUUGUUGGAACUUUCGUCCUGUCCUCGGGGCAAUUCACGACUAGCCCAUCGUUUACAACAUCAACCACAAGUUCCAUAACCUUAACUGCUAACCCGUUGUUGGCACCAACAACCACAACACCUACAACCACAACUACUCUCCCUCCGGAUACAACUACUCUCCCUCCGGAUACAACUACUCUCCCUCCGGAUACAACUACUGCCCCUCCGGAUACAACUACUGCCCCUCCGGAUACAACUACUGCCCCUCCGGAUACAACUACUGCCCCUCCGGAUACAACUACUGCCCCUGGGGAAAUGACACCUACAACCACAACUGUUAUUGCGGAUUUUACGGAUUUUACAACAACACCCCCAGCUGGUGUCCCAGAGGAUUCAACUACUGCCCCUGGGGAAAUAGCACCUACAACCACAACUGUUAUUGCGGAUUUUACAACAACACCCCCAGCUGGUGUCCCAGAGGAUUCAACUACUGCCCCUGGGGAAAUAACACCUACAACCACAACUGUUAUUGCGGAUUUUACAACAACACCCCCAGCUGGUGUCCCAGAGGAUUCAACAACACCCACAACCUUUCAACCAACAACAAUUCCUACAGCAAACCUGACAACGUUUGCACAUGCAGCGGUGAAUUUAUCCAGCUACGAAAAUCUGGAUAGCGAUACAAUCGUUUCAAAAUUUGAGGUGUUCUUGAAGCAAAUAAGCAAUAAUGCCCUUGGACCUCUGAAGUUAACAGUGAAACGUUUCUCAAAAUGUAACGGCACCCAGUGUGGAGACCAGCAACCCUCUACUACCACUCAACCCACCACUGGCCCUCAACCCACCACUGGCCCUCAACCCACCACUGGCCCUCAAACCACCACUGGCCCUCAAACCACCACUGGCCCUCAACCCACCACUGGCCCUCAACCCACCACUGGCCCUCAACCCACCACUGGCCCUCAACCCACCACUGGCCCUCAACCCACCACUGGCCCUCAACCCACCCCUGGCCCUCAACCCACCCCUGGCCCUCAACCCACCACUGGCCCUCAACCCACCACUGGCCCUCAACCCACCACUGGCCCUCAACCCACCACUGGCCCUCAAACCUUUCCUGACACUCAAGCCUCUACUGGCCCUCAACCCACAUUUACAUAGAUACCGUUCUGGUUUCAUAAUCACCACUGAUUCAUCAGACAUCUGUAUAGCCUACUUGUUGAUUUGUUAACUUGUCAAUCAUUUGAAAUGGAGUGGGGUAAAUUUAAAUGUAGGUACAUAAAUAUAUGUCAUACAAGUUCAUACUCUAACUUUGAAGGAAUAGCUAUGGUUUUAUAAUAAUAAUAAUAUAUGCCAUUUAGCAGACGCUUUUAUCCAAAGCGACUUACAGUCAUGUGUGCAUACAUUCUACGUAUGGGUGGUCCCGGGGAUCGAACCCACUACCCUGGCGUUACAAGCGCCAUGCUCUAACAACUGAGCUACAGAACCUCAGUGAUAUUGGUAACACUUCCCAUUGAGGUAUCCUUUAAGUGAGUUGUAAAAAGGUAUAAGAAUACAUCAACCGUACUGACUGGGAUUAGGGUAUGUAUUUUACUGUAUGACAGGGACUGGUAUAUGAAUACAUCAACCGUACUGACUGGGAUUAGGGUAUGUAUUUUACUGUAUGACAGGGACUGGUAUAUGAAUACAUCAACCGUACUGACUGGGAUUAGGGUAUGUAUUUUACUGUAUGACAGGGACUGGUAGAUAUUACAAUCAACAAGUUUAAAUCAAUCAUGUGGAAAUAUCUCCAUUGACCCUGAACUUUGAUGUAGUAAUUCAAAGACUUUGUGAAGAUUGAAACCGCUUUUUCUAUAAAGUAUGGCAGACUAUUUAGAAAUGUUUGUUUUUUUUAGCUAAAUAUUUUGUAGCUUUUUUAUUCUGUUAUUUUCAUUACUUUUUAAGAUGUAUUCUUUGUGUUGUUUUCCUUUGUCUGGUUGGGCCCCUCUCAAUCAAACCUGUUCUCAACCCCAUUGUGGUAUGUCAGGUUGGGCCCCUCUCAAUCAAACCUGUUCUCAACCCCAUUGUGGUAUGUCAGGUUGGGCCCCUCUCAAUCAAACCUGUUCUCAACCCCAUUGUGGUAUGUCAGGUUGGGCCCCUCUCAAUCAAACCUGUUCUCAACCCCAUUGUUAUUUAUUGAAGCUUUAUUUAACUAGGCAAGUCAGUUAAGCACAAAUUCUUAUUUACAAUGACAGCCUACCCCUGCCAAAUCCGGACGACACGGCCAAUUUGUGCGCAGCCCUAUGGGACUCCCAAUCCCAGACGGAUGGGAUACUGGAAUCAAAUCAGGGUCUGCAGUGACACCUCUUGCAUUGAGCUGCAGUGCCUUAGACUGCUGCGCCACUCGGGAGCCCAAUUGUGGUAUGUUAGGUUGUGAUCCUCUCAAUCAAACCUGUUUCUAGGUUCAGACAAAACAACUUUCUUCUUGUGCUCAUUUGGAAUCAUUGAUUAAAAAUAACAUGCCAAAUCAUCUCUUAUGUUGAUUAUAUUGCUAACUGACUUGAUUUAAAAUUACUUUCAGAUGAUGUGGGCAUGACAUGCUGUGUGGUUGAUUGACUUUUUUAAUGCAUUUGUUGGCAGUGGCUAGUUUAAAGGGGUCUGAACAUACUGAUUUCACCUCGGUUUUCCUUCUCAUUAAGUAAAAUGCAUUUGCGUUUUGGGGGUGUGAUUUGAUGUGGGUGUGUUAUGUUCACUAUAUGAAAUAUUAUCAAAAAUGUGAUUUGUAUUUUUUUUUGCCUCUUGGGCCCCCUAUAGGGGCAGUAGGUAGCUAUAGGGGCAGUAGGUAGCUAUAGGGGCGGCAGGUAGCCUAGUGGUUAGUGUUGGGCAAGGUUGCUCGACCAAAUCCCUGAGCUGACAAGGUAAAAAAUAGGUUGUUCUGCUCCUGAGCAAAGCAGUUAACCCACUGUUCCCCGGGUGCCGAAGACAUGAAUGUUGAUUAAGGCAGCUCUCCGCACCUCUCUGAUUCAGAGGGGUUGGAUUAAUUCAGAGGACACAUUUCAGUUGAAUGCAUUCAGUUGUACAAGUUGACUAGGUAUCCCCCCCUUUUACAGACUUGGACCCAGAACCUGACUCACACAAUUGACCAGUCACUUGUAUUUAUAAUGGAAUAAAAACAUAUGGAAAUAUUACUCAGCUACCCAAUCAAGGCAAGGCCACCCCAGUUACCCAAUGUGGGUCCUCCUCCCCCCCAUCUGACGAUUAGCAGAGUGGCACAAGGCAGCGGCAGGUAGCCUAGUUGUUAGAGCGUAGGUGAAAAUCUGUCAUUCUACCCCUAAACAAGGCUGUUAACCCAUUGUUCCCCAUUACGCUGUCAUUGUAAAUAAGAAUUUGUUCUUAUCUGGCUUGCGUAGUUCAAUUUGAAAACAUGUAUUUUUUAUAUAAUAUAGCCUAUACAGUAUAUUGCCAAAAUACAUACUUUUUUAAAAUGAUAUUAUUUAUUUUGUUGCCUCUUGGGCCCCCCCAUGGGCCUGGGCUCAGGGUCUUCAGCCCCGGUAAGCACAUGCAUUAAUCCGGCCUUGGACAUGUGGGCAUGAUUGAAAUCCCAUACCCAACUAUCAAACCCAACCAGGAAAUCGGCAUACCUAUAGACAUACCUAUGCCACACUUCCAUUUCAGUGAUCUCCACCCUGAAUGAAUAGUGGGGUGAAUAGCAUGCUAUUCUCAUGCGUAAGUUCAAGGUGUUAUAGAAUGUGUUUUUGUUGGUAGGUCACUCUGAUCGGCCUACAUUAUGCUCCAAUAGCCAAUAGUCUACUUGGCCACUGUCUACAACUGUAACUUAAAGUGGGUUCAACCUCAGUGGUCACAGUAAACGUUUGCCAGAAGUUUGCACAGAAUGCUCAUAGUGUUCAAGUUUCCAAGACCAUAAAAUGUGCUGACGAAAAUGAGAGGGAACAUUGGUUAACAGAUACAUAGAUGUAAGGGUUGUUCGGCAGAAACAAAGUAGUGUGUUUGUACUUAGAACAGUUGUUUUGGAUUUUUUACUGUUUUAUGUCAACGCUGUAUAAGAUUACAUAAAAUAUUUAUAUACUGUAGGGUAUAAUCAUAUGUAGGGCAUCGUGACUCUAUAUGUAAUGCCUGUCAAUGCUUUAUGAAAGCUACAUACAACCACAAAGUAAAGUGUUACUGGAGGUUGCAUCAGUAUUGAUACAGAGCUUACUGUUUUAUAGUUAGUUUGGAUAGACACCAACAAUGUGCAGCCCUGAUGUUUUUUAAGUUACGCAAAGUAUCUCCUCUAGUUUCUCUUUGGCUCCAACGCAGCUAAACCUAAGAUCUGAAGGAAAAUGUGUUUGAUUGACAGGAAGGAAACUACAAAAUGUAUCUGACUUGUUCAGAUCCAGGCCAGGAUUCACACUGCUCUGCACUGCGUAGACAUUACAUUACAUUGACUUUGAAAAUACAUUUACAUGACGUUCGUGGCAGCCACAUUCACGGUAAACACUGCGAUAGAGAAAUGACAUAUUUACCUUAUUUGUUUGAUAUUAAUAGUUAACUAUUCAUAUUUAACAAAUAGUAAGACAUUUCUGUUCUAUUAAAGCUGUGUUUUUGUAAAGGGAUGGUUUACACUCUAGCUUCCUGCAGUUAGUGUGGGCAGAUGGUUGUUUAUUUAAAUAGACAAGUCAGUUAAGAACAAAUUCUUAUUUACAAUGACAGCCUACUGGGGAACAGUGGGUUAACUGCCUUGUUGAGGGGCAGAGCAACUGAUUUUUACCUUGUCAGCUCAGGGAUUCAAUCCAACAACCUUUCAGUUACUGGCCCAACACUAUAACCAGUAGGCUACCUUAGGACAUUGGUUUUACCAGAGAUAGCUUGAGCUGACAAGUGAUCUAUGACUUGGUGAUAAAAACCUACAGCUGGCAUUCCAUUAAUACCUAUGCGGCAGCGUAGCCUAGUGGUUAGAGCGUUGGACUAGUAACCGGAAGGUUGCGAGUUCAAACCCCCGAGAUGACAAGGUAUUAAGGUACAAAUCUGUCGUUCUGCCCCUGAACAGGCAGUUAACCCACUGUUCCCAGGCUGUCAUUGAAAAUAAGAACGUGUUCUUAACUGACUUGCCUGGUUAAAUAAAGGUCAAAUUAAAAAAUAAGCUGUAGGGUGUGUGAGGAGUAGAACAAACCCUUAUAGUUCCUAAUCAUCCUGGCAUCUGGGAAACUCAGCCGGGGUGGGGUUAAAAUAGCAUCAGGUGCAGAUAACCACCAGAUGAACCUAAGAUGGCUUAUGAUACCACCCAAUCUGUAUGCGAGGGGUGGAACCAGCCAUGGCUAAGCAUUUUUAGGUCUCCUAUAAGAUCUCUGUUUGGUUUUUUUCAUUAUCAGGGAACUUUCGGUCCAACCCUUAAGAGUGUGAGGUCGACAGUUUCGUUAUUGCAAUGAUAAUGAAUCGAUAUUAAAUAAAGAUGAUUGUUUUAAAAGUU